CCUUACAGACAUGACCUUCAUUCACGAGGGAAAUCGCACGUUGGUGGAGAACCUUGUCAAUUUCGAGAAGCUGCGCAUGAUGGCCAAGGCUGUUCGUCUCGUGCAUCGCUGCCGGAGCCACCCCCACCUUCCCCUGUCCCCCUUGCGGAGUCGUCCUCAGCACCUCCUGGAAGAAGCUCGGGCCAUGCGCGCCUCUACUUGCUCAGAGCAGUCCCUCAGCACCCGGAGCCCUGCUGCUACCUGGGCCUACAUCCAGCACUUGCGGGUGAUAGACAACCAGAAGAAACUUCUACAGCUCUCACGAGACCUCGAAUCCUGAUGUUGCAAGAGCCCCAGACUAGGACACGAGAUGGACAUAUCGCCUGACCUAGGGCAAGAACCAAGAGAGGGAAGGACACCUUCUCAUGGGGGUUAACCCCACUUUCAAGACUAGGCCAUGGGCGACUCUGAGCAGGCGGGAAGAGAUUUCCCCAUUCUCUCUCUGGCACCUAUGAACUCAAUCCUGGAGCCAGGACAGUUGGUAUGUGCUGCAGCCAGGGCAGGAGGAAGGAUACGCCUGCUUCAGUGAUUCUUUUUGUGAACUACAUCGUUUCUGGGUUGUAAAGGACUGCUUCGUGGGACUCAUU